AUGGCUCUAAGUAAGACUCCAGUCUUUGGUGUAAUUCUGAAGCAGAGUGAGAUUAAAAAUAAGGGUGCACCAAUAAAGAUUUUGUGGGCCGAUACCAGUGGCCGAUUAUUAAUCAGCCAUGGUCUCUUUGGUGUUCCAGAAUUAAGCUGUCCAGAAGGAUUUCAAGAAGCACAGGAGAAAGCACUGCAAGAAACAGAGCGACUGGUCCGGAAAGCAUAUACUACACCUCCUGGACCUGAAAUAGUGAUGAUUUUUGAUCAGCUGUCAGAUGCGUUGUGUAGAGUGGCAGACUUGGCUGACUUUGUGAAGAUUGCCCAUCCUGAUUAUACAUUCAGAGAGGCUGCUGAAGAAGCCUGCAGAAACAUUGGUACUAUGGUAGAAAAGUUAAACACAGAUGUUGAACUUUGUCAAAGUUUGAAACAGCUGUUGGCUGAUAAAAAGGUGAUGGAUUCUUUAGAUCCAGAAACUAGGCGAGUGGCAGAACUUUUUAUGUUUGAUUUUGAGAUCAGUGGCAUUCAUUUGGAUGAAGAAAAGCGUAAAAAGGCUGUGAACCUUAAUGUCCGAAUAUUGGAUUUGUGUAAUGAAUUUCUUAUGGGAACUCAUCUUCCCAACAAGAUUGACAAGUGCAAUUUGCCAGAACACAUUUGCUACAACUUCUUAGUUGAUGGAAACUACGUACAAAUCUCUGGUUUGCAUGCAGAUUGUCCAGAUGAUCUGGUACGAGAAGCUGCUUACAAGAUUUUUCUUUACCCAAAUGCCCAUCAGUUUAACUGCUUAGAAGAAUUGCUUUCUAGCCGAAACCAUCUGGCCCAAUUAGUUGGAUAUAACACAUUUGCCCACAGGGCUCUUCAAGGAACAAUGGCCAAAACUCCAGAGAACGUAAUGCAUUUUCUGGAAAAACUUUCUGACAGGUUAUCUCAGCGAACUCAAAAAGAUUUUGAAAUGAUGGCAGAGAUGAAAAUGAAAAUAAAUCCCCAAAAUUCAAAAUUGAUGCCUUGGGAUCAUCCGUACUACAGUGGUGUCUUGCGUGCUGAAAGGUAUAACAUUGAGCCCAGUUUGUACUGUCCCUUUUUCUCUCUUGGGGCAUGUAUGGAAGGUCUGAAUUCCUUGUUCAGUCAGCUUCUGGGAAUAUCUCUAUAUGCUGAACAAACUGAGAAAGGAGAAGUCUGGUGUGAAGAUGUUCGCAAACUGGCAGUUGUCCAUGAAAAAGAGGGCCUGCUGGGAUACAUCUACUGUGACUUCUUUCAACGAGCUGACAAACCUCAUCAGGAUUGCCAUUUCACAGUUCGGGGAGGCAGGUUAAGAGAAAAUGGAGAAUACCAGCUCCCUGUCGUUGUUCUCAUGCUGAGUCUGCCUCAUUCAACCAAGAAUAUACCAACACUGCUAACUCCUGGAAUGAUGGAGAACCUUUUUCAUGAAAUGGGACAUGCCAUGCAUUCCAUGUUGGGACGAACUCGAUACCAACAUGUCACUGGGACCAGAUGUUCUACUGAUUUUGCAGAAGUUCCCUCUAUUCUGAUGGAGUAUUUUGCAAAUGACUAUCGUGUGGUUAACCAAUUUGCAAGGCAUUAUAAGACUGGCCAGCCACUGCCAAAAAGCAUGGUGUCACGACUCUGUGAAUCAAAAAAAGUUUGUGCAGCAGCUGAUAUGCAACUUCAGGUCUUUUAUGCUGUCUUGGACCAGAUUUAUCAUGGGAAACAUCCUCUAAAGAGAUCAACCACAGAAAUUUUAAAGGAAACCCAGGAGAAAUUUUAUGGAUUGCCUUAUGUAUCUAAUACUGCUUGGCAGCUGAGAUUCAGCCAUCUUGUGGGAUAUAGUGCUAAAUACUACUCUUACCUCAUGUCCAGGGCUGUCGCCUCCAUGGUGUGGAAACAGUGUUUUGCUCAGGACCCAUUUGACAGGGCAAUGGGUGAACGUUAUCGCAGAGAGAUGCUGGUACAUGGUGGAGGAAAAGAGCCCAUGCUCAUGGUUCAAGGUAUGCUUCAGAAGGCCCCAUCAGUUGAAGACUUUGUGGAUGCCCUUGUUUCAGACUUAGAACAGGACUUUGAGACAUUUUUCAUGGACUCAGAAUAAUGUGGGAAUUAAUGGAAUACUCAAAAGGUGGAUGACAUAUCUUAGUAAUAAUGGACAUAAUGCUACUACUGUGUGUGUUUGUUUCUGCCUCUCAGUGAACACUUCUGAAACAACUUGAGAAAAUUUAUAUUGGUAGAAUUUAAAAAUAAAUAGUUUUAAUGGAA